AUGGGUGGCAUCGGGAUCUGGGGCAUGCACUUCGUCGGUAAUAGAGCUAUCGUGUUACAAAACGGAGACCCCCAACGUCAGAUACUCUACAACCCCGGCUUCACUGCAAUCUCUUUCUUUAUGCCAAUCCUCGUCCUCCUUUUCGCUUUCUACACUCUUGGAAUGCCCACUCGAGCUCGUCAGCUUCAUGUUGCCAUCGCUGCCUGCCUGACUGGGGCCGCCGUUUGUGCCAUGCACUAUCUCGGCCAGUACGGUGUUGAGAACUAUGUUUGCUCAUACCGAGUGCAAAAUGUCGCCGGGGCUGCUGUCAUCGCCGUGUUGGCCAGUUUUACCGCGCUUGGAAUCUUCUUUCGAUUGCGAGACGCAUGGAAAGACGGCUGGUGGAAAAGAGCCUUGUGUGGUGUCAUUCUCGCCACUGCUGUCUCCGGAAUGCACUGGACGGCCGCGGUCCGUACCAUAUACCAUUGGAAAGGCGAUUUGAAUAUCCACGGCAACUCCAGAUCGCAAACUGCAGUCAUUGCAGCCGCUCUCUCAAUGGGCUCCUGUGUCAUCCUUCUUGUGGUGGCCUUCGUCCGAGGCCGCAAUAAACGCACUGCCAGAAUUAAAUCACAGCGUCUGGUUCUAGCUUGCGCUUACUUUGACGAUGAGGGCAAAGUGAUGGUCACCCAGGAAGGGACCUUGCCAAGUGAAAAAAUAACAAACCACUAUGUUGAGAAGACUUUCGGAGAAGAUGAACUUGGCAGGUCUCAUCCGUCCUACCUCUGGAUCUUUAAGGCAUCUCACAACUGGAUAACGCUGCGGGACCUCAUUCCCAGCAUGAAAGAGCAUGUCGAAAACGACCCAGUGGCAAGGAAAUACCGGCCGAGCAACACUUCCAAAACUUUGCCAGACGACGCCAUAGCAGGUAGCAUCAGCUUCGCUCCAAUCUUCAAGCAGCUGUUUUGUGUCACGGCCCAGCAGCUAGCCAAUCUUGUCCACCAGCCUUUGGAGAGGGUAGGAGUCCUCUUCGAAGAACCCUUGGAGACAGGAACAACCUCUAUGCACACGCAAUUGAGGAUUCACAUCAGGCCUCUAUCAGCAAAAUCGUACAACAAGGCGACGGAGGUAGAGAACGGCUUUUCAUCUCCGCCUAUGCUGGCUCGAGGAAAAUACUUUUUCCUUCACCGACAAAUAAGCAAGAGUGAGGCAGCCAGGUUUGCCGCAUUGGGAUACCGGUUUGCCACCCUUGGGCAAAUCGCAGAACCACUGGCUAAGAGCAUGCAAGUCGACUGUGAUGAGAUGGUGGCGAAGAUCGAGCGCAUGAGACGGAGCGCAUCACCCGAGCACCUUCCACCGCCUGGAGUGCAUCUCGCUUGUUUUAUGCUCCGUCCAAGCAUGUACAAAAGUUUCGACGUCCUUGUCCCAACCGCCUCGCAAGACCAUUUACCUUAUGUCACAAUGCAAUGCGGUGAUCUGUCAAAAGAGCAACUCGCCCAGCUACACCGUUUUGAUGAUUCGACUGUCAGCGAGAUUUUGAGGAUGCUUCUCGGCCAAUCUGGCGGAUCACAAAUUGGCGAAGGGACCCGAUGGCAGCUUUACAACACUUUCGUUAAGCUCGUCGAUGUCAUCGGUGACUAUGAUACCAUGAUGCAGGCCAAAUUUUCCGCCAAAGCAUUCCGAGUCCCAUGUCGACCCACCAAUGGCCCAGGUGCUUCAACAACAUGCACCUUCCUGACGGUUCGAGUGCUGAGAAACAUACAUACGUCAUCGAGUAAGAAGGAAUUGACAUAUGUUCCUUUAUCCUUUUUCAGUGCGCAGCAACAGGUUCAAGCAAAAGAUUGCAGGGAUGAAUCAUUUGAGCGGAAAGUCAAAGCAGAGUUUCAGCAUCCCGCCCGUGGCGACUUCACCAAGUAUCCCUCGUCCAUCAGCGUUAAGGGCGGCAGAAGGACGAGCUCAGGGGAUUUGACGCUUCAAGGCUCGGAGUCACCUAAGUUGGGUUCAUGGAAAACCGCAUUGACUCGGUUUUCCAUUAUUCCUAGACGUCGAAGCGAUGAAGCCACGAUUGUUGGGCGUGACAAGAGCAUCGAGGAAGCAUCUGACGUUGAAAUGGUGGGCAUUGCAAUGUUGGGAAGCACUCGCCAUGGCAAUGAGAUAGGAACGACGCAAACGACGCAUGCGGACAUCAUUGAACUCAAGCAAGGGGGAAAUGGGCAAAGCAGCUGGGUCAGCGAAGUGUUCGGUCUCUUCCGACUCGGAGCGGAAGGGUGGUCCAAUGCAAAAGGGGGAGGGUACAAAUGGGACACAAAUGCCCCGCACGCAAAUGAAGCUGGAAGGAAGGAUUGUCAAUAG